AUCUUCUUCUACAUAAAAUCGACUUUCGCUCUGGCAUAGGUUGGCUUUGGCGUUCGCUUUCCAGCCCACCGCCGCUGCACAAGAUUUCAUUAUGAUAUGACCCUGUGGUGGAGUUCCGGUGGACAGCCAUGCCGACCACCGCCCGAAAUCAAUAUUCUCCCCCUUGGGGCAAUGCGAGUAUCAUUGGGGUAGCUGGAAGUUCUGGAUCUGGCAAAACUUCCCUUGCAUUAACUAUUGUGGCCUCUUUAAAUCUCCCCUGGGUGGUUAUUCUGUCUAUGGACUCCUUUUAUAAGCCCUUGACCCCAGAACAGUCGGCCGCUGCCUUCCGGAACGAGUAUGAUUUUGACUCCCCAGAAGCAAUAGAUUUUGAUGUUUUGGUGGAGCAGUUACGCGCCAUCAAGCAAGGCAAAGUGGCAGAAAUACCAGUUUACUCUUUUGAGAAGCAUGCCAGGCUGGAAAAUACUACGACCAUCUAUUCGCCCCAUGUUGUAAUUCUAGAGGGGAUCUUCGCACUCCAUGACCAGAGAGUAUUGGACCUGCUCGACUUGAAGAUUUUCGCGGAGGCGGAUGCGGACCUCUGUCUUUCGAGAAGAUUGGUACGAGAUGUGAAAGAACGCGGGCGUGAUAUUGACGGCUGCAUCAAGCAAUGGUUUGGUUUCGUCAAACCAAACUUCUAUAAAUAUGUCGCGCCGCAGCGGGAAUGCGCAGAUAUUAUCGUCCCACGUGGCAUCGAAAAUAAGGUUGCAAUCGCCAUGAUCUCCCAUCAAAUUCAACGGACGUUGACCACCAAGUCCACUCUGCAUCAAGCCGAACUUCAGAGAUUGGGUCAAAUAGCAGAGGAGUCACCACUCUCGCCGAACGCUAUCGUGCUUGAGCAGACAACCCAACUCAAAGCCAUCCACACCAUGCUCCUGGACCCAGGGACGAGCAAGGAAGACUACAUAUUCUACUUCGAUCGCAUGGUAGCCCUGCUCAUUUCUAAGGCAAUCGACUUUCUGCCGUUUGAACCGCACCAAGUCAUGACGCCUCAAGGGUAUCUCUACAUGGGACUACAUAAAACCGCGGACAUGAGCGCCGUAGUUAUUCUGCGUGGCGGAAGCGCUUUCGAAACGGGACUACGUCGUACCAUCCCGGAUUGCCGAAUGGGAAGAAUUCUUAUACAAACGAAUGCUAAAACAGGAGAGCCGGAGCUGCACUAUCGGUCCUUACCUUCGAACAUCAAGGACGAUGGGCUUGUCAUGCUCUUGGAUCCACAAAUGUCCACUGGAGGGGCUGCUCUCAUGGCUGUGAGGGUGCUGGUGGAUCAUGGUGUCCCAGAAGACAGGAUAGUCUUCGUGACGUACAUGGCUGGGCCCAUCGGGGUGAAUAGGGUACUCAGCGUUUUCCCCGAUGUUAAGGUCGUCAUAGCUCGAAUGGGAGAGGAUAUGGAGGACCGAUGGGUAGAAACAAGGUACAUGGGAUGCUAGUAUGGCCAAGUUUCCAUGUUCAAUGGAACAAAAUCACCGAAGGAGCGAGGGGUUGGUUCGAUGUCUCGGAUGGAAAUGAGGAUGUUGGGGACGCAGUGAAUUGAGUUGUUAGGG